GGAAGGAGAUUGAUAGUGGUAAAAUGGAAGGGAGAUAUGCAACCGCCAAUGCAUUGUCUAUGAUGGCAAGCCGAGGGAAAGAAGAACUUAAUGCCAUGAGCUACGCAGACAGGAUCAAAUAUUUCAAGGACGAGGCUAAGAGAAAUGAAGAGAUGAUGAAGAUUGAAAGGAGGAAGGAAAAUGCCAGGGACGAAGAGCUCAAAAAGUGGGAAAAGAGACAGAAGAAAUUGAAGAAAUUGAAUGAGGAGGAAAGGAAAAGGACAGAAAAUAUGGAAAAAAACAAGUUAGAGGAGCAGAGGAAAAGGGAGAAGGCAGAGAUGAAACUAAAGAUCGAACAUGAGAAAAAGAGACAAGAGCAAGAGAAAAAAAGAGAGGAAAAAGAAAGAAAGAAGCAGGAGAUGCAACAGAAGGCCCGUGCAAAAGAAGAGAAAAAGAGGGCAGAGGAAGAGAAAAAGAUGGAGAAAAAGAGGGCAGAGAUGUUGAAAAAGAUUGAGAAACAGAGGAUGGAGGAGGAGAGGAACAGGGAAAAGGAGAGAAUGAAGGUGUUGGAGAUGCAGCAAAAGGCACGAGAGAAAGAAGAGAAGAGGAGGAAAGAGGAACAGAAAAGGAGAUUGAAGAUACAGCAGGAACAAGAGAAGGAGGAACAGAAAAGGCAGACAAGGAUACGGGACGAGGAUAAGAAGAGAGCAGAGCUUCAAAGAAUAAAAGAUCACGAGGCAAGGUUCAAGAUGGAGAUGGAGAAACUGUAUGAGAGAGAAGAGAGGAAUGCACAGAUUGAAAGAGAAAAGAGGCGUGCGCUGUGUCAGAAAAAAGGGCAGACACAGAAAGCAAAACAGGUGGUGGCAUACGAGGUCACAGCGUCUACAUCUGACGCCUCUGUGCGGAGGGAAGAGAGGGAGCAGCGUCCAGAGACCGCUCACACACAGUCUGCGAAGAGGAGAACAAGGAAGAAGCAGAAGAAAGCGGCGGACGAGGCAUUGACAACUUUUGAGUAGAUGACAAAAGAAAAUACUAACAAAGAAAAUGAGAAAAUAAGCAAAAGGAGGAAAAUAUUAUAAGGAAGCCAGGCAUGAGGGUGAAGAGGAGGAAACAUGAGAGGAGGAAGGGAGACCAGUGGUUUAUCAGGAGGUCAGUAGAAGAUACAGAAUUCAAGUUCUGAUGGACAGAAUCAGGAAGGACCAUGGGAUAAAAGGUAAAUGAGAUUAGCAGUAAAGAGCUGAGUGGAUCAAAAGAAAGUAAUGGAAAACACAAGGGGGGAGGCAAGAUAAACAGAGACCCAGAAAAAUGAGGUGAAAACAUUUUAUAAGAGUAAAAGAGAGGAGAUUGAACUAGAAUUCCGAUGGACAUAUGGCCAAAAUAACUAUCUAAAUAACUAAGGAUGAGCAGAAAAGGAGAAGACCAAGAGCACAGGAAAAAGAGCCAACAGACAUGUCAAAAAUAACUGAAGUCUGCCUCUUCUACUUCUCUUUAAAAGUUGCUUUGGUUUCCUUUUGUCCUCUUUCCAAGCCUGUUCCAAGUCUGAGAUAGAUGAAAAGAGCAGCCAAAGAAACAGAUCUGUUGAAGCAUCAAUUGGAAAGGAUGGGAGGGUUGGAGGAGGAGCACAGCUGGAUGACUACAUUAGAUUGUGGCAUAUGAGGUCACUUUAUCUGUUGAAGCAUCAAUAGGAAAGGAUGAAAGGGAGGGAGGCAGGAAGAGGAAAACACAGAAGAGCAGAUGAGGAGCACUCUAUGUUCUGCUUCCAUGUGGAUUGACAGCAUUGCUUUCAUGAGCUCCUGGAGGACACCAUGGAGGAAGAGGGAGAGGGUCUAUGAUAGGCAGUUUGACAUGGCCCUAAAUGGGCUUUUGGAUGUUAAUUCUUCCUGCUUUAUAUCAUGCAACUUUACAAUAAAAAUGAAUUGCAAGCAUCAGCCUUUUCUGUUUG